AUGGUGCCUUCAACCACCUCCCUUAUAGCUUUAGCUUUAGCUAGCAUCUCACCACUUGUAGCUGCAAGUCCCGCUAUCGUAUCUAGAGCCAGUAGCAAUUCGACCAAGAAAUUAGACUUUGAGUUCCCUCUUACACCUAAAAUCAUGCUUAUCUCUUUGUUCGCACCUGAAGAUGUGUGGACUCAAUCACUUGGUUUGACAAAUAACAUCACUUUACCUGGUUUAUCACCUUUAUUCCCUUCAAUAGGAUGCAACGAUGAUGCAUCAAUCUGUCAUAUGACAACCGGUGAAUCAGAGAUAAACGCAGCCUGUUCAACUUCUGCCAUGCUACUGGCAAAAGAAUUCGAUUUCACUUCAACCUAUUUCCUCAUCGGUGGUAUCGCAGGUAUCAAUCCUUACAUGGGUACUACCGGUUCGGUAGGUUUCGCUAGAUACGCCGUUCAGGUGGCUUUGGGAUACGAAAUUGACGCAAGACAAAUUCCAUCUAAUUGGACUACAGGAUAUUGGUUAUUCGGAUCGAGUCAACCAGGUGAACCAGCCACAACCAUAUACGGAACAGAAGUAUAUGAACUGAACACCAACUUGAGAGAAAAAGUAAUGGCAUAUACAAACAACGUUCAAUUGAACGAUACAGAAGAAGCAGCUUCUUAUAGACAAAAAUAUAACUACGCACCUGCUAAUCAACCUCCUCAAAUUUUCAAAGGUGAUGUUGCGACCUCAGAUGUUUAUUUCGCUGGUAAUUUAUUAGAUGAAGCUUUUGGUAAUAUCACUUCUUUAUGGACAAAUGGUACUGGAAAAUACGCUUUAACAGCAGAAGAAGAUAAUGCUAUUUUCGAAGCGAUGGUUAGAUCUCAUAUGGCUAAACAAAUGGAUUUCAGUAGAGUAGUCUUGAUGAGAACUGCAAGUGAUUUCGAUAGAGGAUAUCAAAACUCCGAUGCCGUCACCGCUUUCCAGGCUGAACAAGGUGGUUUCUUACCUGCCAUCGCAAAUAUCAAAAUCGUUUAUCAACCCAUCAUUGAGGGUAUAUUGAAAGAUUGGGAAUCCACUUUCAGUUCAGGUGUCUCACCCCAAGAUCAAUGGCUUUACAAUGCCGAUAUCUUCCAUAAUCUCGUUCAAAGAAAGAGGGAAGUGAGAGAAUUUGAAAGAUCUGUCAAACGUUCUCAAGUCGCAAAAUUCAGAAGAUAG